CUGUGCUUAGCAUGUACCUGGUGACCCUGCUGGGAAACACAGCCAUCAUGACAGUGAGCGUGCUAGACGUCCGCCUGCACACACCCAUGUACUUCUUCCUGGGCAACCUCUCCAUCCUAGACAUCUGCUACACGUCCACCUUCAUGCCCCUGAUGCUGGUCCACCUCCUGUCUUCCCGGAAGACCAUCUCCUUUACUGCCUGUGCCAUCCAGAUGUGCCUGAGCCUGUCCACAGGGUCCACGGAGUGCCUGCUGCUGGCCAUCAUGGCCUAUGAUCACUACCUGGCCAUUUGCCAGUAA